GUAAGGAGGAAGAGGAGGUGGUGCGGUCCCACAAUACCAGGCGGGAGGGCCGUAGGCGGUUUGUAUCCGGGCUGAGAGGUGCUCGGGUCCUCCGCGGACUUUGCUGCCUCUGUCUCUUUAACGCGAGAGGAAGCGAUGCAGAGGGGUGGAAAAUGGCAGAGCUGCAGAUGUUACUAGAGGAGGAGAUCCCGUCUGGCAAGAGGGCGCUGAUAGAGAGUUACCAGAAUCUGACCCGGGUGGCGGACUACUGUGAAAACAACUACAUACAGGAUACUGCUGGUCAGGAGAGGUUCAGAACAUUAACUCCCAGCUAUUAUAGAGGUGCAGAGGGUGUGAUAUUAGUUUAUGAUGUCACAAGAAGAGAUACCUUUGUCAAAUUGGAUAAUUGGUUAAAUGAAUUGGAAACAUACUGCACGAGAAAUGACGUAGUAAACCUGCUAGUUGGAAAUAAAACUGGUAAGAGGGAAGUGCAAAAACCUGUGAUGGUGUACAGUGUGCCUUUGAGGAACUUGUUGGAAAGAUCAUUCAGACGCCUGGACUUUGGGAAAGUGAGAACCAGAAUAAAGGAGUCAAAAGUACACACAGGGAAGAAGGCCCUGGAGGAGGAGCCUGUGGUGGUUACUGUUCUGUGUUAUAAACUCUGGGAAACUCCAUCUCUUGCAUAUUUGAUCACAUAGUUACAUCUUUAUAUAAACUUUUAACUGCUAUUUUAGGGACCUUGCAGAACAUUAAGAGGAUUACACAUCAUGACCAAGUGGGAUUUAUCCCAGCAAUGCAAGAGUGGUUCAACAUGGGAAAAUCAGUCAAUGUCAUACACCACACUAAUAGAGCAAAGGAUAAAAAGCACAUGAUCAUCUCAAUAGAUGCAGAAAAGGCAUUUGACAAAAUCUAAUACCCAUUUAUGAUAAAAAAAAAAAACUCAAGAAACAAGGAAUAGAAGUGAUCUUCCUCAAAAUGAUAUGGCCAUUUAUGAAAACUGCAGAGCUAACAUUAUACUCAAUAGUGAAAGACUGAAAGAGUUCCCUCUAAAGUCGGGAACAAGAGAAAGGUGCCUAUUUUCUCCAAUGGCAUUCAACACUGAAGUAGAAGUGCUAGCCAGAGCCAUGAGAUAAGAAAUAGAUAUAAAAGGAAUUCAAACUGGAAAUGAAGAAGGUAACUAUUCCUUUUUACAUGAUUCCAUGAUUCUAUAUCUGAAAAUUCCAAAGAAUCCACAAACUAAUAGAGUUAAUAAACAAAUUGAGCAAAGCUGCAAGAUACAAGAUGAACACACAAAAAUCAGUUGUGUUUCUAUUUGUGUGCAAUCAGCAAUCCAAAAAUGAAAUGAAGAAAUCAAUUCCAUUUAAAUAGUGUCCAAAAUAAUAAAAUAUUUAGAAAUAAAUUUAAACAAGGAAGUGAAAGACUAAAAAUUAGAAAAAUUUGGUAAAAGAAACUAAAGGCCUAAAUUAAUGGAAAGAAAUCCUUAGUUCAUGGGGAGGAGGACAGUAUUGUUAAAAUGUCAAUCACACCUAAACCUAUAGAUUCAACACAAUCUUUCUUAACAAAAUUCCAGUUGGCCUUUUUUCUUAGGAAAUGGAAAACCCAACCCUCAACUUCCUGCGGAAUUGCAAGGAUCCCUGGAUAAUCCAAACUAAUCAUGAAAAAGAAGAAAAGAACUGGAGGACUGUGAUUUCCACAACAAAGCUACAGCGGUCGAAACAGUGUGGUACUGGCAAAUCAACAGACUGGUAGUCUAAUGGAAGAGAAUUGAGAGUCCAGAAAUAAACCCAUAUGUCUACAGCCAAUUGAUUUUUGACAAGGAUGCCGUAUUCCAACCAACUUGGAAAGAACAGUCUCUUCAACACAUGGUACUUGGACAACUGGAUUUCCUUGUGUGCAAGAAUGAAUUCCAUUUGUGAGUAGAAUGACCUCUACUCAUACCAUAUACAAAAAUGAACUAAAAGCUGAUCCACAACUUAAAUAUAAGAGCUAAAACCAUGAAACUCUUAGAAGGAAACACGGGGAAAAUGUGCAUGACCUUGGACUUGUCAAUGGAUUCAUAGAUGUAACACCAAAAGCAUAAGUAGCAAAAAGAAAAUGAUAAAAGAUACAUUGGAUUUCAUCAACAUUAAAAACUCCUGUGCAUUAAAGACAUUAUCAAAAAAGUGAAGAGACAGUACACGAAGUGGGAGGAAAUAUUUACAAAUCAUUAUUAUAAUUUCUUUUUUGAGAAAGAAAGGGAGAGAUGGCAAGAGCUGAGCAGGGGAGACGGGCGGGCGGGGGGGGAGUGAAAAUCUUAAGUAGGCUCCACACCCAGCACUGAGCCUGACGAUGGGCUUGAUCUCACAACCCUGAGAUCAUGAGCUGAGCUGAAACCAAGAGUUGGGAUGCUUAACCAACUGAGCCACCCAGGCACCCCUACAAAUCAUCUAUCUGAUAAGGGUUUAAUAUCCAAAAUACACAAAGUACUCAUUAACAACGGGACUCAACAACCAAAAGACAAACAACCCAAUUAGAAAAUGGGCAAAGGACUUGCAUAGACAUCUCUCCAAAGAAGAUAGGCAGAUGGCCAAUAAGCACAUGAAAAGAUACUGAACGUCGUCAUUAAUUAGGGAAUUGUAAAUCAAGCCACACUUUGCCACUACUAAGAUGGCUAUAAUCAAUAAAAGAAAAAGUAACAAGUGUUGGUGAGGAUGUGCAGAAAUUGGAACCCUUAUACAUUGCUGGUAGGAUAUAAAAUGGGGUAGCCUCUGUGGCAAGCAGUUUGGCUGUUCUUCAAAGAAUUAGCAUACAACUCACCAAUUCAACUCUUAGGUAUAUAUAUACUGAAAGGAAUUGAAAACAGGAGCUCAAACAAAUAUUUGUCCACCAGCAUUAUUUACAAUAGCCAAAAGGUGGAAACAUUCCAAGUGCCCAUCAACAGAUAAGUGGAUAAACAGUGCUGUUUAUACACGAUGAAAUAUUAGUCAUAAAAAGGAAUGAAGUUUUGGUGCAUGCCACGUCAUAGCUGAACCUUGAAAACAUUGUGCUAAGUGAAGUGAGCCAGUUACAAAAGAACAAAUAUUGUAUGAUUCCACUUAUAUGAAAUCUCUAGAACAGGCAAAUUCAUAGGGAUAGAAAGUAGAUGAAGGUUAACCGGGACUAGGGCCGUGGAGGGUUACUGCCUAAUGCUUAUACAAAUUCUGUUUGGGGUGAUGGAAAAUGUUUAGAAACAGAUAGUUGUGACAGUUGCACGUUCAAUCCAAUUCAACGGCUGACAGUGUGAAUCUGAUUAAUGCCACUAAAAAUGAGUGAAAUGACAUUUUAUAUCUUUCAUAUGUAUUUCAUCGCACGCAAAUAAUUUUUAAAAAGAGUUGAACAACCAGUAAAGCUGUUUACCUGUAGCAUGAUGCGAUUGCAAAUAAUAUGAUUAGCAGGUGCGCCAAGUGCAACAAAGGGAUCACCUUCGUAGAAGUUGCUUCAAAUUCCAGUUGUCUGGAAAGUGAUGUGAAAUAGAUCACUUGCCACAAAAAUAUACCCAAGUAAAUAACUUUUCACUCCCAAUAUCUGUGUGUGUUGCAAACACUACUGAAACACUAUAGCUUAUUCAUUGAAACAACAGGUUAAAGUUUAGUAAAAGAUCAAAAUAUGUGAACUAUGACUUUAGAAUAAAGAAGGCAACAUAGAUUUGCUUCUUCCCACAAA